AUGUACGAAAACUUGAUAGCAUUUCUACUGGGAAGAAAGACGGAGCUGACCGAGGAAGAUCUAAACGAUUUUAUGGAGCUGCUUGUAAAGGCCUUGAAUGUUGAGGAGGAGUACGAGACACUUGAGAAGCAGACAGUGAUUGAGAAUAUUGUUGAUUCUGUAGCAAUCAAAGACCAAAAUGAGAGGAAAAUAAUCUCGAGUGCAAUUGAGAAUAUUCUUGAGCUUGAGGAAGAGUCUACUGACACUGAGGAGAGUGAGGACAUCUUCGCUGACAAAAGCGAGGAUGCUGUUCCAUUAAAGAUGAGAAAGAUGAAAAGAGGGGACUUUGGAAGAGCAAAGACAGAAAAAGACAAAAGAAAAUCCAAGAAAGAAGCGAAGGCCAACGAUGGGAAUAAAAUGGAAGCUGAGGCUGAUAAAAACAAUGGGAGCAUUGUAGUAGAUAAAAAAAUAGAAGAGAAUCAGAAGAAGGCAAAGGUAAAUGAAGAAAAGGAAAUCAAGCCUAGCCAAAUAUUUGUGAAAGAUAACAUUGCAAAUGCGACUUUGAACUAUCCACAGUUUGACUUUGAAAUUGGCGAGCUUGAAGAAAAUCAUCAAUCAGGACCUGAGUUUUCGUUCAGGCUGGAUGAAUAA